AUGGCCGGAAAACCGGGAAAGAUAGAUUACUCGGGCUACAACUACAGCGCCAUAUCCUCGCUGGUCCUGACCGCAGACCGUUCUGCUCUUCCACGACGUGAUAAGGAACCAGAUGGCGCUCCCACAACUCUGGCUGGUCGAAUAGACCCCCGGGAAAUGGGCUCUCGUGUCUUGCGGCAAGCCCCGAAGGACCUUGAUAAGAAGAAGAAGAAGGCCUCCGACAAGCAAGAUGCCAGUGAACGCCAGGUCGCUAAGCGAAAAACGGAGACCGCAGGGUUUGGGUAUGCCGAUAUCAUCGAGGCGACCCAGGAUGUUGAAGGUCUCACAUACCGGCCUCGCACUGCAGAAACGCGCGAGGUUUAUGAACUCAUACUCUCAUCUGUCCACCAAGCCCUCGGCGACCAGGCUCAGGAUAUCAUUCGCAGUGCGGCCGACACCGUUCUCGAGUCAUUAAAGAACGAAAACAUGAAGGACGUCGACAAGAAGCGCGAACUCGAGGAGAUACUCGGACCCGUAGCUAACGAUCAAUUCUCUCAACUCCUCAGUCUGUCGAAGAAGAUUACUGACUACGGUCCCGAAGAUGAGACCAUGGCGGACUCAGCGUUGGAGAGAAAGGAGGCUGAGAUAGAUGACGAGGUUGGCGUCGCCGUGGUUUUUGACGAAGAGGAGCAGGACGAAGAGGACGAGGAAGGUUACGAGGUUCGAGAAGAGUCGGAUGACGACGAUGAAGACGAGGCCAGAGAAGGGGAAGCUGGCGAGGGCGGUGUUGAAGGCGUAGAGGGGGGUGACGAAGAACUAGUCAUCGGUGGUUCGACAUCCGAACACAAGGUUAAAGUAGACAAAGACAUAGUUUCGCCGCAUUCCAUCGAUGCCUUCUGGGUACAGCGUCAGAUAUCCGAAGUCUACCCCGAUCCCGUCACGGCAGCCGACAAAGCAGCCUCUGUAUUGUCCAUCCUUGGUUCCGAAUCCAGUCUGCGAGACUGCGAGAACCAAUUGAUGGAGUUGUUCGACUACCAAAGCUUCCACAUCAUCACCAAAUGCUUGAAGAACCGAGAAGUCAUCGUCUGGUGCACGAAGCUCAUUCGAAGCGACGCCGACGAACGGGUAAACGUAGAGGUGGCCAUGAGGGAGAAGGGAGUGGGUUGGAUUCUGAGGGAGCUCGCUGGUGAUAGGCAGGCCAAGUCGAAGAGACCAGACGACGCCAUGGAUGUCGAUGAAGCCAAGCAGGUGCCAAAGACUGCUACUCUUGCCCCGGGUUCCACAGUUCAGCCCAAACGCACAGUUGAUCUCGAGGCCAUGGCGUUCAGCCAGGGAGGGCAUCUCAUGACGAACAAGAAGUGUAAGCUCCCCGACGGCUCCUUCAAGCGCGCAAGGAAGGGCUUUGAAGAAAUCCACGUUCCUGCCCCUCCCAAGAAACCUGUUGUCGAAGGAGAAAUUGUGCCAAUUAGUGACCUCCCGGCUUGGGCUCGCGAAGCUUUUACGGUCAAGACGUUGAACCGAAUCCAAAGCAAGCUGUAUCCUGUAGCAUUUGGGACCGAUGAACCUAUCUUGCUUUGUGCGCCUACUGGGGCGGGGAAGACUAACGUAGCUAUGCUCACGAUUCUCAACGAGCUCUCUAAGUGGCGUGACGAGGAAACUGGUCAAUUUGAUCUGGACUCUUUUAAGAUAGUCUACAUCGCCCCCAUGAAGGCCCUCGUCCAAGAGAUGGUUGGUAACUUCUCCUCUCGACUGGGCGUUUUCGGCAUGAAAGUUGGCGAGUUGACUGGUGAUUCGCAAAUGACCAAACAACAAAUUUCCGAGACUCAAAUCAUCGUCACUACGCCGGAGAAAUGGGACGUUAUCACUCGUAAGAGCACGGACACAAGUUACACCAACCUCGUCCGCCUCAUCAUCAUCGACGAGAUCCAUCUACUCCACGACGAGCGAGGUCCUGUCCUAGAAAGUGUCGUCGCGCGGACAAUCCGGCGAAUGGAACAAACGAACGAAUACGUUCGUUUGGUAGGACUCUCUGCUACGCUACCUAAUUAUCAAGACGUUGCCUCCUUCCUCCGCGUAGAAGAGUCGAAAGGCCUCUUCUAUUUCGACGCUUCAUAUCGACCGUGCGGUUUGCAGCAACAAUUCAUUGGAGUAACGGAGAAGAAAGCGAUCAAACGUUACCAGAUCAUGAACGAAGUCUGCUACGAGAAGGUCCUCGACCAAGCCGGCAAAAAUCAGACACUAGUCUUCGUCCAUUCGCGCAAGGAAACGGCGAAGACGGCGAAGUUCCUCCGUGAUAUGGCCAUCGAAAAGGAGACGAUCACUCAGUUCGUGAAACCGGAUGGCGCAGUUCGCGAGAUCCUGACCGAGGAAGCCAACAACGUCAAAGACGGCAAUCUGCGGGAUCUUCUUCCUUUCGGGUUUGCUAUUCAUCACGCUGGGAUGAGCCGAGAAGAUCGCGGGCUUGUCGAGGAACUGUUUGCUGAUGGCUCGGUGCAGGUAUUGGUUUGCACGGCCACGCUGGCCUGGGGUGUCAAUCUUCCUGCCCAUACCGUUAUCAUCAAGGGUACCCAGAUAUACAACCCAGAGAAAGGUCGCUGGGUUGAGUUAUCUUCUCAGGACGUUUUGCAGAUGCUCGGUCGUGCUGGUCGCCCUCAAUUUGAUACAUUUGGUGAAGGUAUCAUCAUCACCAACCACUCAGAACUGCAGUACUAUCUGAGCUUGCUUAACCAGCAAUUGCCUAUUGAGUCGCAAUUUGUUGCCAAACUUGCGGACAAUCUUAACGCUGAGAUCGUUCUUGGUACCAUCAGAAAUCGCGACGAAGCGGUUCAAUGGCUCGGUUAUACGUAUCUAUAUGUGCGAAUGUUAAGGUCCCCAGGACUUUAUGGCAUUGGUGUUGAUUACCAAGAAGACGAUGUUGGGUUUAUACAGAAGCGGGCCGACAUUGUUCACUCCGCCGCCGUAUUAUUGGAAAAGUGUAACUUGCUGAAGUACGAACGUUCCACUGGCCGAUUUCAAAGCACCGAACUGGGCCGCAUUGCGUCGCACUACUAUGUUACCUACAACUCGAUGGCGACUUAUAAUCAGCAUCUGAAACCUACCAUGUCAACCCUGGAGCUCUUCCGUGUCUUUGCACUUUCAAACGAGUUCAAGCUCAUACCUGUUAGGCAGGAGGAGAAAAUGGAACUCGGGAAACUAUUGGAGCGAGUACCCGUUCCAGUCAAAGAAGGUGUUGAAGAACCAGCCGCGAAGAUCAAUGUUCUUCUUCAAGCGUACAUAUCUGGACUCAAACUUGACGGUUUUGCUUUGGUUGCGGACAUGGUCUACGUACAGCAAUCAGCCGGACGUAUCAUUCGGGCCAUGUUUGAAAUAUGCCUGAAACGAGGCUGGGCAAUUCCGGCGAAGGCUGCUCUGGACCUAUGCAAAAUGAUAGAGAAGCGAAUGUGGGGCUCGAUGACUCCGUUACGCCAAUUUAAGGGUGUUCCUGCUGACGUUAUACGCAAGGCAGAGGGAAAGCAAUUCCCAUGGUAUCGGUACUUUGACCUGAGCCCGCCCGAAAUCGGUGAAUUAAUUGGAAUACCAAAUGCCGGUCGCCUCGUCCAUCGACUAGUCCACAAUUUCCCAAAACUUCAGCUUCAGGCUCAAGUCAAACCUAUCACUCGGUCGUUGCUACACAUCGAACUCGUUAUCACCCCGGACUUCAGGUGGGAGGAAAAAAUACACGGAUCCGCCGAAACAUUCCAUAUCAUGGUGGAAGACGUUGAUGGCGAAAUCAUCCUUUUCCAUGACUCCUUCAUCCUCUACAAGCGUUACGCCGAAGACGAUCACAUCGUGACAAUUAACGUGCCAAUGUUCGAACCAGUCCCUCCUAAUUACUACAUCACUAUUGUCUCCGAUCGUUGGCUUCACGCAGAAACCCGCCUACCCAUUUCAUUCAGACAUCUCAUUCUUCCUGAGAAGUUCCCUCCCCCGACCCCUCUUCUUGACCUCCAACAACUCCCUUUAUCCGCCCUCCAUAACAAAGAGUUCGAAGCACUCUAUUCAUCUACGAUCCAAACCUUCAAUAAAAUCCAGACGCAGGUGUUCCAGGCCCUGUACACAACAGAUGAAAACGUCUUCAUCGGAGCACCAACCGGCAGCGGAAAAACCAUCUGCGCCGAAUUUGCCCUGUUGCGUUUGUGGAGUCAACGUGAACAACCCCGUGCGAUAUGCAUUGAGCCUUAUCAAGAAAUGGUAGACCAACGUGUCACCGAAUGGAAACAGAAGUUUAGCAAACUUCAAGGUGGCAAGGAGAUAGUGAGCCUGACUGGCGAGACUAGUGCUGAUCUACGAUUACUUGAGAAGGGUGAUGUGAUUGUGUGUACUCCUGGGCAGUGGGAUGUGAUAUCUCGUCGCUGGCGUCAACGCAAGAACGUGCAGAAUAUUGGCUUGUUGAUCGCCGAUGAGAUACAGCUCGUUGGUGGAGAAAUUGGCCCAACUUAUGAGGUGGUCGUCUCGCGCACGCGAUACAUGUCUGCGCAAACCGAGAUUAAGACACGUAUCGUUGCUUGCGGUGUUUCUCUGGCGAAUGCUCGUGAUCUUGGAGAGUGGAUAGGUGCCCCAUCACAUGCUAUCUUUAACUUCUCACCAAGCGCGCGACCCCUUGAUAUGGACAUUCACUUGCAAUCAUUCUCCAUUCCUCAUUUCCCAUCCUUAAUGAUCGCAAUGUCCAAACCGGCUUAUCUUGCCAUUGUUGAGCAUUCUCCAACAAAGCCUGUUAUCGUCUUUGUCCCCUCUAGGCGGCAGUGUAGGAUGACCGUAGACGAUAUCUUGACCCACUGUUCUGCGGAUGCCAAGCCAGAUCGAUUCUUGAACAUCGAGAUGUCAGAUUUGCAACCUCACCUUGAUCAUAUUAAGGAUGUUGGCUUGGCAGAGACGCUCAAACACGGCAUAGGUUUUUACCACGAAGCAUUGGAUAAACAAGACAAGCGAAUCGUCGAACGUCUCUUCCAAUCUGGCGCUAUUCAGGUGCUCGUCGCAUCGAAGGACACUGCCUGGAGUCUUCCCGUCGCGAGUUACAUGGUGAUCAUUAUGGGCGUUCAAACAUACGAAGGCAAGGAACAUCGAUACAUCGACUACCCCAUCGUCGACGUCCUCCAAAUGAUGGGCAAAGCAUGUCGUCCGCUGGAAGACGAACGUAGCCGAUGCGUGCUAAUGUGCCAACAGACACGCAAAGACUUCUUCAAGAAGUUUCUUGCGGAGGGUCUUCCCAUAGAAUCGCACCUUCCUACUCUGCUCCUCCAUGACUAUUUCCUUGCCGAAAUCGCUGUAAAGACGAUUGAAAACAAGCAAGAUGCUAUGGAUAUCCUCACUUGGACGUACUAUUAUCGCCGCAUGACGCAGAACCCCAACUACUACAAUCUUCAUAACGUUAGCCAUGCACACUUGUCCGAUCAUCUAUCAGAACUUGUCGAGAACACACUGGCGGACCUCGUGAACUCCAAAUGUAUCUCCAUCGAGGAUGAGAUGGACAUCUCUGCUUUGAACUUGGGUAUGAUUGCCGCGUACUACAACAUAUCAUAUGUAACGGUUGAGGUCUACACGCUGUCGUUGAAGGAGCGAACGAAGUUGAAGGGUCUACUGGAAGUCGUCUCCUCGUCUGCCGAAUUCGAGACAAUACCGAUACGGCGGCACGAAGAUACCCUUCUCCGCCGCAUCUACGACCGCGUUCCCGUCAAGCUGGAGCGUGCUGAUUUCGAGGCCCCGCAUUUCAAGACUUUCCUCCUCCUCCAAGCCCACUUCUCUCGCUUGCAGCUCCCACCUGAUCUUGUCGCCGACCAAGCCCUCGUCCUCGAGAAAGUCCUCAAUUUACUCUCAGCGUGUGUGGAUGUGAUGUCCUCUAACGCAUGGCUCAGCGCUCUCGGAGCCAUGGAUCUGUCACAAAUGUGUGUCCAGGCUAUGUGGGAGACCGACUCACCACUGAAGCAAAUACCACACUUCGAACCUGAGGUCAUCAAACGAUGCAAGGAUGCUGGUGUCGAGUCCGUCUACGACAUUAUGGAGAUGGAAGACGAUCAGCGUACUUCACUCCUUCAAAUGGAUGCACGACAGAUGCGGGAUGUCGCGACCUUCGUCAACUCGUACCCAACCCUAGACGUGUCGCACGAUCUUGUCAAGGGAGACUACACCGCGGGCUCCUCCAUCGUUCUUAAAGUCUCACUCUCCCGCGACACUGACGACGAUGACGAUGACUCCCCCUCCACGGACGAGCAAACUGUUGUCGCCCCGUUCUACCCCCACACCAAAAUGGCCAAUUGGUGGCUCGUCGUCGGGGAGCCGUCCACCAAGCAACUCCACUCUAUCAAAAAGGUCACUGUCACCAAGACACUUGCCGUGAAGUUGGACUUCACGCUGCCAAAGGGGACACACGGGCUGAAGCUGUACGUGAUAUGCGAUGCGUAUAUGGGGGCCGACCAUGAUAUCUCGCUCGGGGAGGUGGAGGUGGCAGAAGGGGAAGAUAGCGACAGCGAUGAGGAUGAGGACGCGAGUAUGGCCAGUGGGGACGACGAGUAG